GAAGCAGUCGGCCGGCGCAUAAGCGGCGUCGGGCGCCGCAGUCGCGCGCUUGCACUCUCAGCGGUGAGCGGAGUUUGUAACGUGCGUAAUAGCUCGAAAACGUCUUCUGGUCUGUUUUGUUUGGCCGUGUUCGCGUAUACGGCCACCCGGUGUAUAUAAUAUUCCCCGUAACCCGUGUUCUGUGUCUCUGAACCUGCGAACAAAAAAGAAAAGAAGAAGUAAUAAUAUAAUUCAGCUAGAGAAGUGGAUAGACAGAAACACGCGUAUAGAGAGAAAAAGAGCCGUGCACACGCGAGACACGAACCAACGUCGCUCCCCUUUCACCGAUACAUAGAAAACCACGACCGCACGGUGAAUGUCGUCGACGGAGAGUGAAACGACGGCGAGAAUAACAUAGCGAAAAGAAGAAAAAAAGUAAAUAUCGACGAGGUGGUGCGUCAAAGGGGAACACUCCCUUAAUAGGCAGACGAAAACGACGCGCGGACGUGUGGUGGUUUUCGUCGAGGCGAGGCGAGGCCCACGAUCCCGGUGCUCCAACAUUUUCAUCGUCUUCUAGGAUUUCGUGCAUCGUUUUCUCUUUCGUGGUGUAUUUCACAGACUGAUCCGGAAAAUCAGUGACGUGUGACACACGUGUAUUUGUAAUAACGCAGUGCAAGUGUUUCUCGAUUUGGCGCCUGUGCUCCAGGGGACCGUGUCGCUCGCUGGCCACCGUCGGUUCAUCGUGUACACCUCGUUAUAUGGUGGUGGUAGUUGAGCACCAGUGGGAGGAGGGCGGCAGCGGGGCCCAGGGCGAUGUGGCUAGCAAGUGGGAAAGCUCGAGGAGGUGAUAACGACUUCUGACCUUCCGUGAGAGCGUGUACCGCGACGUAGAGGGCGCCGCCGUCGAUCGUCAAGCGAAAAGGCUCACCAUUCGGAAGAAAACGAGAAGGAAGAGGCGGAAGAAGAAGAAGUGGAAGAAACUGAGUACGAAAACGGUGACGAAAGAAACGAAAAGGGUGGAGAGUGAAAGAGAAAGAGGGAGUAAAAAGGGCGAGCUCUAAAGGGGAGGCAAACAUCAACAGGGAUAGAGAAAUACAGAUACGUGCUUUGGAGAGAAAAGCACACGAUUAAAACGCCAUAAAAUUUGAAAAAAAAAACAACAAAAGAUCGAAUUGAAAGGAAGGAAAGAGGGUUGGAAAGAAGCGGGGAAACGUUGAGAAAUAAAUUCCUUCAUCGUGGCCAGGUUGAGCACACACAAGACAUUCUCCUUCUGCAGCGGGAUAUCGCUCCUGUACAUUAAAAAAAAAAAAGAACAAAAAAAAAUAUAACUUCUACCUUGAGAACAUAUACCUCGUGCGUACAAGUACCUUCAAACAUAACCUCUUUUUCGCAGCGUAAUAGUGCCUAGGCCCCUCCGGAAGAACGCGACUACAAAUAAUAAUAAUAAUACAAAUAAUAAUAAAUAAUAAUAUUAAUAAUUAAUAGCAACGUUAUAUAUAUAUUAUAUAUAUAAAUCUAUACAGAGAAAAUAAAAGAUCUAACGAGAGACGAAAGCAGUUUUAACGUUUUAAUCAUAAUCGUCAGUUUCGUUCGACUUGCAAGUCACAAACAUACACAAACACACAUAAAACAUAGGCAAACCCAGUGACUAUCUGUAUGUAUACGGACGUGAACGUAUGCAAGAGAGAGAAGAGCGGUCUCUUGAGAUCAAGAUCGAGAUCGAGCAAGUUACGAACCACUUGGUCCAAGGUUGGACAGAAUCUGAAGAGGAAGAAUCGUGGUGGUGCGUCGAUAUAUAGAUCUUAUCAGGAAUAUUCUCGUUGAUAACGGUACCUCUCCCCCUUCGAGCCCCUUAAUCGAUUAAUACGAACCAGGACAGCGAAGUACCUGCAGCAAACACAGAUAUAUUUAUAAGAAUAAUUUAUAUGAUAUAUAUAUAUAUAUUAUAUAAAUAAAUGAGUAUAUAUAAUACAGACACACAAACAGACACCGAUAGUAAUAAAAUAGUAAAAAGCAGCCUGUUGAAAGGCGACAAGUAACAGCUAAGGGCAAAGAGAAUAAUAACGAUAUCGAUAAGAGUAUAUAAUAAUUAAAAAGUAAUAAACGAUAGUUGAUAAGAGGAAAAGAGAGAAGAAGAUCGUACAACAGAGUGUGAGUUCUUAAAUAAUUCUAGAACGCGCUACGGUUAGAGUACUUCUACUUUUCACGGUUAAUCUACUCAGCAAUUGCGGAGCCUGUUCUACAUAUACGAUCAAGAUACCUCAAGACAACAACGGGCGACGAUCCAACUCGACUAGCAUGCACCUGGGCCCGCGGUUCGAGGCGCACUUCAAGAUGCGGUAGAGGAAGUCCCUCGACGAGAGUCCAAAAAGCAAUCGGUGCAGCCAAUUCGAGUCUCGUCCUUUGUAACCAGAGCAUAAUCGCGUGCAUAAUUAAUAGAAGUUAGAUUAAGAGGCUUGACCCAAGACACGCUCACACCCUACCAAACGUAGGACCAACUUGGGUCUUUCUCUUGCAAUCUCCAUACGAAUCCAAACUCACAGAGCACCCAACGGCAUCCAGGGGUUAUAACCCAAUUAAACGAGUCUGGGAGCCUCUGACGACGAAAACCACUGCCUUUCAAGCCGCCAGGUCAUCGUGAACCCCUUAAACAAGCCAGUCAAACCUCUUCAAACCUCUUCAAACGCCGUCAAAACUCGACAAACCAGCUGGAAUUUCAUCAAAAUCAUCAGAAAAUUGGGAGAAAGGGUUUCCAAAAGCGACUAGAAUCUCCCUAGGGGACUUUAAGAGGCAAGUGAACAGAGGUGAGCAGAGGACCCGUCACGGUGGCCAGCUUAGUGAGCGGCAACGUAGCGGUGCGUUACGAUGAGGCGUCGGGAGUGGUUGGCACGGGGGGUGUCGUGUUGGCAGCCACUUCCAGGUUAGCCACUGCGGAUCCAGCGACGUCCAGCAUGGACACCAGCGACUCCAGCAUGGACACGACUAACGGAGGCUCGAAUACCGGGGUAGCAGGCGUCGGAACGAUCACCUCUGUGGUGGCUGGAGCCGCGUCCCUGACGCUGGUCAAGGCCGAGACGCCUGAACUCCUGGCUGGAACGUCCACGACGUCCUCAUCGGUCGCAGGCCCGGUUACUGCGGCCGGUGGCCUGUUCGCUGGGAUCGCGGCGGGUAACAAAAGCGCCAGACCCGACGACUGGCUAGCCGCGAACAGCCCAGGUUCGCCGACCGCUACGCUGCAGGGCCAACACGUGGUCUACACGAAUCCUCAGCAACAGUUGACCGAGUCGCAGCAACAGCAACCGCCUCUCGCUCAUUCCAGCCCCUUGGCACAUCAACAGCAGCAGCAGCCCAGUAGCAACAACGGAUACGCCAGCCCUAUGAGCACCAGCAGCUACGAUCCUUACAGUCCCAACAGUAAAAUAGGUAGGGACGAGCUGUCGCAGCCUGGCUCUUUGAACGGUUAUGGAAGCAGUGGUGGCGGAGGUGGAGGAGGCGGAGGGGGCGGUGGAGGUGGCGGCAGCGACGGCUGUGACGCCAGGAAGAAGAAAGGACCGACCCCGAGGCAGCAGGAGGAACUGUGCCUGGUCUGUGGUGACCGUGCCUCCGGUUAUCACUACAACGCACUGACCUGCGAGGGCUGUAAGGGCUUCUUCCGGCGUAGCAUCACCAAGAACGCGGUAUACCAGUGUAAAUACGGGAACAAUUGCGAGAUCGAUAUGUACAUGCGGCGCAAAUGUCAGGAAUGCAGACUGAAGAAGUGUCUGACAGUGGGUAUGAGGCCUGAGUGUGUCGUGCCUGAAUACCAAUGUGCUGUCAAACGCAAGGAAAAGAAAGCACAGAAGGAGAAGGACAAGCCGAACAGUACAACGAUGAACGGUUCCCCAGGCAGUGGGAUACGCAGCGAUCAGAUGGGCGUGAAGAUCGAACCAGCAGAAGCAGAGUCGUUGUCCACGUCUGGUAGCAGCGGCAUUCUAACGCCGGUCAGCCCCUAUGGCUACGUGAAGCCGAUCAGCCCGGAACAGGAGGAGCUGAUACACAGGCUCGUGUAUUUCCAGAACGAGUACGAACAACCCAGUGAAGAGGACCUCAAGAGGAUCACUAAUCAGCCCUCAGAAGGAGAAGACAUCAGCGACUACAAAUUCAGGCACAUCACCGAGAUCACGAUCCUGACGGUACAGUUGAUCGUUGAGUUCUCGAAGAGGCUACCUGGCUUCGACGAGUUGAUGCGAGAGGAUCAGAUGGCCCUGCUGAAGGCCUGUUCCAGCGAGGUGAUGAUGCUUCGAAUGGCGAGGAAGUACGACGUGCAGACGGACAGCAUAAUAUUCGCCAACAACCAACCUUAUACCAGAGACAGUUACAACGUGGCAGGCAUGGGCGAGACGAUUGAGGAUUUGUUACACUUCUGCCGGCAGAUGUACGCCAUGAAAGUGAAUAAUGCCGAAUACGCGUUGUUGACUGCCAUUGUCAUAUUCUCAGAGAGACCGAACCUGCUGGAAGGCUGGAAAGUUGAGAAGAUCCAAGAGAUCUACUUGGAGGCGUUGAAGGCUUACGUCGACAACAGACGCAGGCCGAAGUCCGGCACGAUCUUCGCGAAGCUUCUGUCGGUGUUGACCGAACUGCGGACCCUCGGCAACCAGAACAGCGAGAUGUGCUUCAGUUUGAAGUUCAAGAACAAAAAGCUGCCAGUUUUCCUCGCUGAGAUCUGGGACGUGACACCCUAGUUCCCCCGUAGCCGAUCCUCGUCGGCUAACACCGUUGUUGUUUCAUCGCGAGUCCGCGCAGCGUCCGGAGUGAUGAAGCUGACAGAGCACAGCGUCAUCGACAGACGUGGAACGUGGACGUGGAGAACCUCCUGUACUAGUGCACCACCAUGCCACUGCCUGAGUAAUAGACCGCCGGCGUCUUUGAGUAGCACCGGAUCGUUCAGAAUUCGCUUCUCACCUUCUCUACGCUCUGCACCGGCCUUGUGAGGGCUGCAGGAGAGCUAAUUUCGGCAGUGCUAGUUGGAGCUAGAUGCGGAGGAUGAUACAUAAUAGAAAAAGUCAGAAAGAAGAAGGCAGUGGCGAGGCACCCAGGCUGUGAUAUGUAGAGACAGUACAGAGACUGUAAUAAGGAGCUACCUACAGUUAUGUUAUUACUAUAUCCUCUACCUGGCUACCCCCGGAAUCGAUAUGUAAAUGUAUAAUGUGUAAUUGUAAUAAGGUAAAGAAGCGGGCGCGUUGUAAGAGCAACCAAGCGAGUACGAGUGUAACCAGAGGAGCUAAGAGACAAGAAUGUGAGAGAGAGAGUGUGUGUGUUAAUUGUAUGCGUGUGCAAUUUUCGGCUGAGAAUGUGACUGAUCACUACGAGAUAAUCACGAUGAUAAACGAUUGAUGAUAGAAUACAAUCGCACUCCUUGUAUUUUCGUGCGAGCAAAUAAGGGUAGAGAGAGAGAGCGAGAGAGAGAGAGAGAGACGAGGUAGGCCCCGGCCGGCUGUUGAGCAGCGACCUGGCCCGGCCAACACACGAAUCGAGUGCGAUGUAACGAAGAAACAAAAAUAAUGAUGAUGAUGAUGAUGAAAAAUAAUAACAAACCAUACGAUUAUACAUAAUGAUACCAUAGAGUCUAUAUCACAACACAUAGCAUAAUAAUAUAUUGCUAGCAUGUACAUUGUUUAUACGUGGAAAGAGAAGUUCGAAGAGAGAGAGUGGUGGUUGAAAAGUUGAUCGUUGAGUGAUGAUGGUGGAAACAAUCUUUUCCGCGACGAAUAGGUAUAUAUUCAGAAGACGAGGCUUGGCAUUUGCGCGCGUCCGGGUUUUCUUUUUCGUGAACUGACAAGGCAAAGGGAAAGGAAAGGAAGGAAGAGAGAAUUAAAAAAUGCGUAGUAGCAAUGUAGGACGUUAAGUAAAGUAAAAGUAAGCGAGGCUAGUUGGUAGUAGGUCGUAGUAAGUCAGUGAAGCUAGGCUAGGUGACCGAGUUCAAGUGCAAAGCCUUGUGCCUUCAGCAGCGGACAUCGGCUCACCGACAAAACGAAAAUAUGAAAUUUAACCGUCCGUUUUAAUUUUUUAAUAAAAAAAGAUGAAAAAAUCAACAAAAUCAAGCAAAAUAUUAAGUAAAUCUUGUGCAAACGUGGGAGAGAAAGUUAGAGUGAGAGAGUCAAGAGCGAAAGAGAGGGAGUGACUGAGAUGGGAUAAUUAAAUUGCGUUUAGACGGAGAGAAAGGUUCAAGAGAGAGAGAGAGAGAAAGAUCAGCAUGUAAGAGUGAGGGGAGUAAAUGAACAAAAACAUUGAAGAGAAAAGGGUAAGAGCUGAUUUCGCGAGAAACUGACAGAAACUGGAAAAAAGGAUCUUUUUAAAGGAGAAACAUGGAACAGGGUCGCGCCAGAUCAGCUGAAGACGGAAUUUGGUUUAAGGGGGUGACGAUACGCUUCGACACGUUGGGUCUACAACAGCCUAGCCAGACCCUGGGACAUACAAUGCUAGCAUAAAAACACACUAUGAUCGCUGAAGGAGGCUGGAUGAAGUAGCACUGAGAAUAAUCUCUAUCGGAGGACAUUCAGCUGGCUCAUACUCGAACCGAGAGUGACAGACACACGUACACACCACGUACACGCGCGCACGCACUUGGUUUCACAGGAGAAUCGGUAAAUUUGAAAAGACACAGCGCAUGCACACAGACACCAAUGUGAGCCACAUUGUACACUAAGAUUCUCAAUGUUGUAACACUGUAACUCUAUGCUAUUAACUGAUCGUACGCAGUUGUAAUUUCGUAGUAAGUUAAAUGAGCAAACCAAAAAGAAAAAAAAAGCGAAAAAAAAGAUAAAUAACGUGCGUGCAAAAUUUUGUCGAGUCUAGAAGAAAAGAAGACUACAGGUGAUCGAACUUGACAGGCGAUUUACGUUUGGCGACGAAUAUCUGGAUAAAAGGAUGACGAGAAAAAUGAGACUGGAUAUGUAUAGAAGGACACGAGGAAGACUUACUAGUACAUCGUCUAGAGCAAAAAUAGAAACAUCUUAGAGACACAGUGUUUUACUAUUAUACAAUUAUACGUUGAACGAUGCGAAAAAUACAAGUGGCACGUUACUAUAUUGAGGUAAUAUCGUUUUUCUCCGAUCUGGUCGAUUUGGGGUUCGAGGAGAGUUUCAUGUUCGAUACUCGGGACUAGUUACGUGACCUAAUAAUCACCACCAAUCGUCACGUCCAUUAGGUUACGACAUCCUCGUUGCCUCAGAUCGAACUGACACGGACAGGGACAAUCGACGCGUCCCAUCGAGUCUACGAUGAAAGAUCUACAAAUUAAUGCCGUAAGGCAUACACUGCCACACCGCAGAACAGCGUGGAGAGAACCUAGUGUUGGCUAAAUGCGAGACAGAGCUAUUUGAAGCUGAGAAAAAAAGAUAUCCAAACCAUCGUCACCAUCGCCCAUCAAUGUGUUUGUUGCUUCUACAUUGAAGUAAUUCGCAUUGUUCUUCAAAAUCAAUGAGAUGACACCUUUAGGAACUCGGUCAAUGACUCAGACCAUUGCUGUGAGCCAAAUUUGGAUAUUUGAUUGGAUCUGAAUAUGACCAAUUGGUUACCAAAUUUGGGAACAAAAGGAUCACCGUUUAUCGGUAUAAUUGGAUGAAGAAAUCUUUAGAACAAGUGGCUCCAGCAAUGAGUAGAGGCUGAGGGGCCUUGUAUAGAAACACCAGACACAUUUGCACACACCUAUACACCGCAUUUGUUGUAUCACGAAAAAACACCAAGUGGUUUUAGACAUCGCCGUUUUUGCUAUUAAGUGAGAAUGUGAUGGGAAUAGAAGGAUUUUCUUGAAGUACGAUGACAUUGCCUAUUGUAUACAUCUGUAUAGUAGCUAACAGUCAUUGACUCGUGGUAACAAGCGUGUUUGACAAUCCACGGGUCGAUGAUGAAUUAACACGUUCGUUUGGACUCUAGAGUCCUUACAGAGUUAACAUUUAAGCGUACUGCGACAGCUUGUAAAAUCUACUCCCUUCUGAUUAUCAGUGGAGAUUCUGCAAAGAUCUUUCACCGAGUUAAAUCGCCAUUGCUGAAGACUUGUAAAGUCGUUCUCUCAUACCUAAGUGUCGUAUGUAUGUAGACUGACGUUUAGUCGAGAAUUGGGAUCAACUUCGGUUAGAAUGAUCAAGCUUUGACCAGACUACGUUACUUGUUUCUUGCUAUGAGCUUUCGUUGGUUUAGGUUCUGCUAUUGUUAGAGUUAUAUUACGCGUUAUACGUUGCCAUUUAUAGAACCUUGCUCGUUAUAGUUUGUUUUUAACCUGUUAAUUGAGGAUUUUUUGUAUAUAAUGUCUUUAUCUAAUCUUCUAUUUUGAUUUUCUUUUUUUUUUUUUUUUGCUAUGUAUGGUCUUCAAUUAUAUAUCUCUGAAAAUUUUUAAAAAUAUAAUUCGGUAUCUUUGUAAAAAUAGUAUGUUUAUUCAGAAUCGUGGUUUGGGUUACAUUUAUACCUUUAAUCUUCCAGCUUUAAAAGACUUGAUGAACAGGUUAAUGGAACAUACUUAACUACCAACCGUAGCUCAAGAAUUUUUCAGACUCUUCUUUCAUGGAACUUGAUUGCUUUCAACAGAGAAAGCAAAGAAAGUAUCCUAACAGAUGAUACUGUUAAAAUUUCAGAGCUUGACCAUUCACAAUCGGAGACAACGAUUGCCCUUUGGACUCCUGGUUCAAUACCAAAGCGAAAAUCGUGCAAUAAAUGAAAUCUGUGGUGAUCAGUUUGCUAGAUGGGAGAACGGCAUGGCGGAAAUUAGAUUCUCAGAAUGGAGAUCCCUGUACCUUGGAGCGCAGAAAAAUCGUCACGGACCGUCGACGGCAGGUCGUCAUCGACACUCUUUCGUUUGUAGCGUCUAGAGUCACCCUCGAAUCCCCGAGGGUCUUCCCCGUUGCGCGAAGAGUCUUCGCCAUGAUUCCCAGCACUGCGCUUGUGAAGUUUGCGCGGCAACCGUCAGAUGGCAGCGUUGAGAUAUGAAUCUCGCCUUAGGCGACGUUUUCUCUCAGCCGGACGUGUUUGACGUAAAAAGAUCGGGCGGGAAUCAAGGUGAACCGCAUCCUUCGGCGAAUCAGAAACCGGUCACACGUUACUCCGUGUGUAAGUGUGAGCUGAGAAGUGAAAAGAGAGAAAGAUAGAAUAAAAGAGUCAGAAUGCAAGGGAGUAUGAGUGGAGGGGCGACGAGCGAAGAAGAGAGGACACACACAGGUACGCACACAUACAGAGCGACACAACCGUGCACAUAAACGCAUACACUCACACACACACACAAACAGAACAAUUUGAACGAAAGAAAAACUAGAUGCAAUUCUACGAUCACUGCCAAGGGCGUUAACCGUCGACGUCGAUUUCUCAUUGUCUGAAUGUGUCGUAGUUGUCGUUUUUCUCGAACGCUGCUGCAAAAUGAUUCAACAAAGUAGUCAUGACAGAGUGGAGAAAAAUUGGUGGAUUAAGAACAAAGGGAAGACACACUACUACUACCACGCGCGUCAUUUGGCGACAUCUAGAGAUAUUAUAAGCGAUUAACGAAAACGAGAUAAUGAAAAAUGCAAAAAAUAUAUAUGUAUAUAUUACGUUACAUACAUCUAUAUAUUAUAUAGCGCGUUCGCUCGAGUUUUCUGACGAUGUACGAGCGAACGAUUUGUUCAUGAUACUGCCAAGCGUAGACUCGAGUUUCUGUGUUUUUUAAGGGACAAACUAUAAUACUCCUUUUAAAUGUGUCGAGCCACACUUAUACUCCACACCAGCACGUAUGCGCGCGCACACGGCACACAUACACAGACACACAUACACCCUACACUAGAAAGAUUACACACGCUGAUUAUGUACCAUAUGUAUGCGCAUCGUGCCGCAAUCUCUCUUGUCUGUCUGUUUAUCCAACCGAGCACCCUGAUCUGUCCGUUUCUCCUCCUAGGUGUCCCUUUUGCCUGUCCCUACACAUAUGUAGAUGUUUGUAGAAUAUUCCUGAUUCUGGAUCGUAAUCACUGGUGACUGAUAGAAGGAACUAGUUGAAAAAUUAUGUCAAGGUUUUAUUUGAUUAUUCAUUGGAAAUCAUUGUAAUUUGAAUAAUGGACUUUUCAAAUUAGGAAAAUAAUUGGUAAUAAUGGCUAUAGUGUAGCAAUUAGUAAUUAGUAAAGCAAUCAUGCACUGGGUUUUUUAAAAAUAUGCAAUUUUGCUGAGUAGCAGAAGUAGGUAGGUUUAUUGUAUGGUAAUAUUGGCAUUGACUUUUAAUUUUUCACAGAUUUUUUUAAUAACGUUAGUGCAUAUUAAUAAGGAGAAUGUUCCUUAAGAAAGUCUUAAAAUCUGUGCAAUGGAAAGUAGGCAAUGUGAAACAUGUGCAAUCUAAGAAUCUGCAGAAUCUAAAAAUUGUUAAAUCUAGAUUAUAUUGUGAAAGUCUAGAAAUUUAUAAAUCUAUGAAGUCUGCCAAAUCUGAAAAAUUGAAAAAUAUAUAAAUAACAGUUUCAUGGACCACUUUUGUUAGAAGAACAAAACAAAGGAACAGUGGAGGAUAAUUACAAUCUGUAUUAUCUUCCUAACCAUAAUCUUCACUUAUCAGAGAAAUUGAAGUUCUAGUAAGAAAGCGCCCAGCGUGUCCUGUCCUUCAAACCUCUACCAUGAACAUCACGUGUUCAGUUGGAGGCAAUCAGUCACCAUGAAUUCGUAACUUGAUACUUGUACGUGAGAUGUGAAACGACUCUGCACAGUCCAUGUUCGUAAUUAGCUGACAGACGGUUGAGAUACGGUAUUUUCUUAUUGGAGGCAACGUUCGGCCCUGCGAGAGAAAGCGAGAGUAUGAGUGUAAGAGAGCGAGAACGAGAGUGUAAGAGUGCCACAGUGAGGAAGGUUCUUGUUAUUAAUCGCGAAACGGAGAGAGAGAGAGAGAGUCGUUCUAAUUUAUUGGAAGCUGUAGAAAAACGAUGAGAAAUGAAGAAACGGAGGAAGCUUAUAAGCUGAAGAUUAUUAUAAAUAAAGUUAAAUGAUUAUACUUUGUUAUGGUAGUUUGAUGCAUUAUUUUUCUGGGUUUUAUGAUAACGUCGACGGCAACGAUAUUCUCCGCCAUCUUUUUUUUCUGUUCUCAUCCGUGGAAUAAUACGAUUUAUAUUGUACAUAAUUGUUAUUUGUAAAACGAGAGAAUGUGAAAGAGGCAGAGAGAAAUGUAAGGAGCCCUGAGAAUUUUUAUCGAAAUUUAUUGCCUUCGUUUUUCACCCCUUCUGGAAUUUUUGACUAACCCUUUUUGGACCAAUUUCACGAGAAAUGAAAAUUUCAUUAAAAGGUUCUGGUAUUGUUUUGAAAAUCAUAGCGUAGAAAUUCUUUGUGAAAUUGAUCCUCGUAUCAUUUACUAACAAAUCGAAAUCUGGGAUUUUUCGUAUUAUACGAAACAUGCUUUCCUGCAAUUUAAGAAAUUUGCUCAAUCAAAAAAAAAAAAAAAAAAAAAAGAAAACUAGCGAAAGCUAAUUCCUAAGAAAGAUCUGACAUUUAUUUGAAGAGAAUUUAUUUAUGACGUAAAAUUCGUGCUCGAAAUUCGAGAAGGAAAACAAGUGUGGCGGUAAAACGGCAAUAAGUCAGUGUUGUAUAAGAACUUCAUAUAAGAUCACUAUAACAAAGUAUAUGCACUAUCGUUUCUAACAAACGACUAUAACUGCAACCAUAAACGACUAACAAAAUUUUCGGGGCUGCCACUACUAACACCAAAACGUACAAAAAUUUUCAUCACACGUAUCGACUAUCAACCAUUGCUGUCAACAAACCACUCAACAAUUGAUUUAUUAUAAUUUAUUAUAAAGAAACAAGAAAAGAAAAGUGGAAUAACAUCGCUGCUAGGCAUAUACGAAGAACAGCAUAGUGAUGGUGAAACGUGUCGAAAAUGGUUGAGAACAGGAUUAGAAAAAUGACGCGAUACGGUGGAAAAAUAACUGUGUAUAGUACUGAUGAUCGUACAAACUGUUGGAAAAUAUUUUAAAACGAGUACCGUCAUUGUUUGUCACUGUAGGACCUGCCCUCGUCGGAUGUGCACCCGGUCGACUUACUACUACUACUACUACUACUACUACUACUACUACUACUACUACUACUGCUACUACUACUACUACUGCUACUACUACUACUACUACUACUACUACUACUACUAUUACUACUAUUUAUUACUAUUAUUGCUCCUGUUACCGCUGUUAUUAUUAUUAUUAUUAUUAUUAUUAACACUUAACACUAACAUUUGUAUUUGUAUCACAGAGAAUGCACGCGGAUACACACAUACACAAAGGAAGAACGCGUACACAUACAAAGAAAACAAACACGUACGAUCGAUCGAUCGCGAAAAGGUAUAGUUGUCGUUGGAUGAUAUGGUUGUCCCGAUUUAAAAUUUUACCUUCGAGUUUUGCGGAUGAAAAUACAUAUAUCUGCGCGAUGGAACUAUUAAAACGCGGUUGGUGAAAUUGAAGUAAAAUUAAGUACGGUCGAUAUAAUUUAUAGUUGGUCUCUAAUCGACAAUAGUUAGCACUCGGAGUUGUUUCAAGUUUAAUAUUAGGCCGCAGCUAGCCAUUUUUGAUUGGAGUAACGUAUCUGGAAUAAGUAUGAUUGAGAAAAUGUACAACUAUAGUUAAUCACUAAUUAUAGUUACUAGGCUCUAAAUCGAGAGCGGAAUAUAGUUGAGCGCAUAUAAUUCGAUUUAAGUGAUAAAUUUUUGAAAUUGGUUUAUCGAGAAGAUACGUAACUAUAGUUAAUAGUUAACUAUAUUCACUAAAUUCAAUUAUGUAUGUUUAACCAUAAUCCACACCCGAGAUGCAGCUUUCUGACAAUAGUUAAUAUUUAACUAUUUUUAGACAGCUGUAUCUCGGGUGUGAAUUAUGGUUAAACAUACAUAAUUGAAUUUAGUGCGAAAUUUUCUAUCUGGAAUAAGAGACUUAGCAAAAUGUGCAACUAUAUUUAACUAUAGUUACUUGACCCCAAGAGGAGUGUGAACUAUAGUUGGGCGCGUGUAAUUCGAUUUAAGAGAAAAUUUUCUGGAAUAAGCGAUUUAUUGAAAAGACACGUAACUGUAGUUAACUGUUAACUAUAAUUACGGUGCUCUAAAUCGGAUGCAAAGUAUAGUUGAGCGCAUAUAAUUCGAUCUAACAGGAAAUUCUCUGCGUAGUCGGAUCAUAAUUUCAUUAUAUAGAUGGAAUCGGAUUAUAUAGAUGCAAGUAUAGUCGUUUCCUCGUAGUUCGAACAUUUCUAUCAACUAUACUAAUCGUUAUUGUUCGUGUGUAUGUGAUAUUUUUACCGUCGAGAGACGUUUGCGAUCGGUUAACGUUUGAUUUCGAACCGCGUAAUCGAUAUUCGACGAUGAUUAACUAUAGUUAAGAACUAUACCAACGACUAUAUAUACCAUCGAUCAUCGUCAGCCUUGAAAAAGUAUAAAAUAUUUCAUCGUCGAGAACCGAAACGGAUUUCGCGACUUUUGAAGCAAGUAUAUGCUGCCACUACCAACUAUAUUACAAAUUUUACGACAACUAUACUAGCUUUUACAAAAUUGAGCUACGAGCACAUGCGUUUUUUCUUAGCUUGUAAAUUCGUCUCUUGACUCGAAUCUACGUUUUACUAGUCGUAAGAGAAAAAAAAAAUUUUUAGUCCUCUCAACUAUAUAACUGUAUCAACUCGAACUCGAUCGAUCGUGCUUCACAUGAUGUUCAAAGCUGCGUGCGCUUGUUCGAUAAAAAAAACAUACGAAGAGCAAAUCUCAAGCGCGUCUCGUAUCUUCUACUAGCAACUAUGUAACGAUAAUUACUAUACAUACUAAUCGUAACGUAACGAAAUUAUUGUUAAACCGAGGAUUCGGGGUGAGAUGGUAAAAAUUAAGUCGAGAGCAAGGAUGGAUACGUAGGAUUUUGGCUAUCCAAUUUUUUAUCAUUUUUCUAUUGUUUUUUUUUCUUUUUCACUUAUUAUUUUCCUUUUUAAGUAGGUGUAAGCGCGUGCAUCGAAAAGAAACGCGAGAAAACGGAAGCCGUGGCCUGUUAGACACUCGACUGUGUCGGCCAUAUUGGAUUGCGAGACUUUAACGAAUUGGUGCUUUGGAAUGUAUUAGACUGAAAAAAAUUAUUGUUGUACGUUUUAGUAGAAAACGAUAAAAAAAAACAAAUCGCAUACUAACGAAGAAAUCGAAAAGAACAAACUUGACAGGAGUUCUUUUGCUCCGUAUUCGAUUAAUAAUUAGUGAAAUAUUAUUUCUAUUUGGAGCGUUUUAUAUAUAUACAAUAUAUUAUAUAUUUGCUAGGUUGCACACAGACAAACACAAACAUGCUUACACACACACACACACACACACACACACACACACACACACACACACACACAAACACACAUUUACAUGGUAUUUUGCGUACAGUGAUGGGAAUCAAAUCGCCUUUGUGAUCGGACAAUUGUUUGUAAGAAAGCUAAUUUAAGAGGUUAUCGAUAACAUGAUGUCGCUGACACAGGCGCCAUUUUAAAAUGGCGGACAUCUUCAUAUCGGUAAAAGAGGGAUAAAAGUAAAAAUUAAAUUAAAAUUAAUGAUCGAAUUUGCAGGGGCACUCUGCGUAAACAUUUGUGAUUCUAGUAGGUUAGAUUUGUUAAAUUCGAUUGUAUUUCGAAAUUCUUUUUAGAGACGUAUUCGCGUUGAAGGAAAACAUUUCUCGUGGCGUUGUUCCUCAUUUUCGACGCUCGAAGCGUUCCCGCGGUACGUUCGAACGAUUUGCGCGGGAACUUUCGAAUUUGCUCAGAGUCGACGGUUUCUUAAUCUCGAAAUUUUCGUGUUUUCGGCUGUAGGAAUUUUUUUAAUGGGACACCCGAGCCAAGAAAAGAUUAUGUACAUAAAAAGAAAGAAAGAUUUCGGUAAACGAGUGUCCUUGAAAAUUGUUUGAGGUUAGGACCGCCGAUUCGUGCAAAACUUUUCCGCAUCGUUGCAAUUUUUUAGCGUUAUUCGUGGAACGUGAUAGCAAUUACAAAAUUAUUAAUUAACCUUCAACGGUCCACUGGUAAAAUUUUAGUAGGCGAAUUUCCGAUUAGUCGAAUUUUUAUCGAGUUACGAAUUUGUUCGUUUGUGACUAAAGAAAAGAGAGCUGUAAAAGAGGGAAAAAUCAUUUUCGAGGCGGAUAUGUUCGCGUUGCGAUUCCCAACACUAACCUCACACGUGUGUAUACAACAUAUAAACGCGCGCACGCGCGCGCGCGAAAUUAACAAAAAUGGCAAGCGAUACUUUGUAUGUACAACAAUUAGUAGUUCUGUUCGAACGGAACUGAGCGUGGACGAGUGUAUGUAUGCGUGUAUGCGUGUGUAGAGAGAGUGGUUGAGAUUGCAUGAUAGGAGAGAAAGGGACUCGGCGUGCACUCCGCCCAGAAUGAGCGGGAGGAAAAAGAAAAACAACGUGGAAGAUGAAAUAUAAUGGAAAAACUACUUCGUCGCGCAGGUGCAGGGAGAUUUUUUGUGAAUUGGCAAUGCGGCGGUGCGGUUCGUCUUAAUGCGCCCGUGUGCGUUUAAUAGAAGUUACAUGACGUAGAUAUUUGAUAGGCAUGCGCGAACAACGUCCCAGUCUGUCUGAUUUCGAAAAUUUUCAAAUUUCGGAGAAUUAGAAAUCAGAGACUUAAAAGAUUUGAAAGAAAUACGUCAAGACUAAAUUCCUUAGAUACAUUAUAGGUAAUGGAAUUACAGAAUAAUUGCGUAUGGUAUUUUAUGCAAUAUAGAAAAUGUUUGAAACUGUGAGGAAAUUUGUAACUUUCAUAUACUUGCAAAACCGAGAACCACAAAUUUAAAAAAUUGUAGAAUUGAAAAAUUGCAAAUUCAUUAAAAUUGUGAAGAUGCAAAAUUAUGAAGUUACAACAUUUCAAAAAUUGCCAAGCAAUUCUGUAAUUUCGUGACAUUGCUUUUGAAAAUCCUGGGAUUGAUAACUGAAAUUACCUAUAAAAGGAGUUGCAACUAUACAUGGACUGUGGCGCCAGGAAACCUCUUCGAAUAUCCGAAAAAUCUAACGCCCAAGAUUUCUAAAAAUACAAGAAAAAGAAAUAAGGUUAAGAGAUAAAAAUUCUUCGAGAGAAGAAUAAUUUUCCAGGAACUAAUUCGGAUAUUCUUAACGGAGCUGUAUUCCGCCAUGUUCGCGCCUGUCUAGUAAUUUACGCGUUCUCCGCAAUGGACAUGGUGGAGCCACAUGUACAUCAACAAUAUUAUAUUCUAACGAUUACUAAUUAAAUAAUGUACAAUAAUUUUAACGAUUGCUAAAUGAUGAUGAAUAACGAUGAUAAUGAUGACGAUGAAGUCUUUAAGCAUAUAAUACAGUGUUGCACGAUGAAAAUGAUGGAAAAAAAACAUAUGAAAGAUAGUAAAUGAAAAGAAUGAGAGUGAAUGAAGAGUGAGAGGCGACGAGGAAACGCGAAUCCUGAAUGUAUAGUUACAAAAAACGAGCGACAGAUGUUGAAGACGAAACCGGACGGGAGGAGCUACGAGAUAAUGUAUCUGUCUUUUAAAAAUCGAUGUGUAUUUUUUGCGAGGAAACGAGGCGAGAAAUAUAUUGAAGAAAGAACCGAAGACCGUUGUUGCCAGUUUGUGUUCCACGGGGCUGACUCCUUUUUCGAGUUAGUUGGUAUCCCUGACGUUUAAAUUUCUUAAUAAUUCGAAAAAUUAUCCGAAGAAACUAAAAAGAUUUAUGGAAAUUCAUUUUAGUUUUUGUAGAACUCUUAGCUUCUUUUUUAUUUAAGGUUUAGAAGUAUAGUGCAAUUUUAACUUUAUUUUUGAGUAUUCUCCGAAACUACUAUAGGAUUACAAAAUUAUUAAGAUUGUCUUUUUGCGAAGAAAUUGUUUGAUUUUGCUUCUUGAUUUCUAGGAAACCAAAAGGAAAUUUGUUACUGUUUUAUUUGAGAUAAGUUAUUUUAAAGGAACGAAAUAAAUGCCACUAGAUCAACUCAAAUAAACUUCCAUCUUUUAAACGAUAGUUAAUAUCGAAAGUGCCCCCUAAGCAAUGAUUCGAGAAAGAAUGGCUGAGAACCACUGGCAACGCGCGGUUGCCAAGUUGCGCCGCGCGAACAACGCUGUUAUCAAGUAAGUGCGAUAAUUCUGUCGGUUUCUUUAAAAAAUAAGUAACAAUCGUAUAACAGAGAAAUAUAAAAGUAUUCAAUCGCGAAAUUAGAAAAGGAAAUUACUCGAGGUUCGUUGCAAUUUACAAAAUACCAAAAGGUUUAAAUAAAGAAAGUAAAAAAACACCUUCCGAAAAUAAUUUUGGAAUCAUUCGGAUAUAAACCGGUGUCGAUAACAACUCUGUCACAGUGGUGUUCUAUCACAAUUCAAUCGUCAGAAUUUUUGCACUUGCCCAAGAUUUAAGAAUAGAAAGAAUCCAGAAUUUUAUGAAGAAAACUUUGAAGAUCUCAGAAGAUCUCCGUUUUAUUCUGAACUCGAAGUGUCCCAAAACGAACGACUAAAUGGAAAACAGCUUUUAUUCAAAGAGGUAUGUAGUUAGCUACGUAUAUACAAAAAUUACGAGUCAAUGUUUUUGGGACGUUUUCGAAUUCUAUAUAGUAGGAAUUAAAAACGUGCAAUUACGUCACGUUAUACGUGUAAGAACAAACUUUUCUUGCGAUGUUUAAUGAAAAGCACGCAAGUUCGAUCUUCGAGUGGUACAAAGUUCGAGUGCACCGAUUUUUUGAGAAAAUGAAAAAUUUUGUUUAAGGUUUGCUUGUUUCAUAAAUUUCAUUUAUUAUAUGCAAUACUGUGAGAGUCAUAACGAACGAGGAGAAUGUCCCUCUUUAUUUCUGCUUUUGAAGAAAAUCUGCCAUCUUUUCUGAAACGUUAAUUUUUUCAACUUGGAUUUGAAAAAUACACAAUUUGACAACAAUCUCCAAAUCCAAUAAAACGCAAAUCUUAAAUUUCUUUAAGAAAUAAAUCUCGAAAGAUUUUAAAGAAACUUCAAUAAAAGGAGUUCAAGUUUUAAAAAGAUGGAACUUUGAAAGGAAGCCUUUCGUCAGUUUUGACCAAGAACACAGUAAUUUUACAAAAUCGUCCCGGAAGAGCGAUUUCAAAACGAACGUGCCCCACAUCCAGUACAACAAUAGAGAACAGAGAUAAGGAAAGAGGGCGCUGCAUGAUUUCCACGUUGAAUUCUAACCUAAAAAACUGCACCAACAACAAAGUCUAUUGAAUCGUUAAAGUAUAUUUAUUUUUCCUGGAAAAGGAAAGAUCCAAGAAACGUUCAAAGUUUAUUUUAAUAACAGAGAAAAAGCGCUAGAGAAAAGAAGACGAAGCUAUUUAUUUUUCUUACACAGUAUUGCAAAGCCUUUUCAUGGGGGAAAGAGAAAUGAUGGGGGGAGCGUUACAUAUGGCGGACGACGAGGGGCAACAAUUUUGUAAUCGAUGAUUUCUCAGACGAUUGGCGAUACAAAGUGGCGAAUGGCGAUAGAAAUGCGUUUAUUAUGUAAGAAUAAGAAGGCAGGAAUAAACAUAAACGUAGAAUGCGUGGUGUGCGAGUGAGAAGGAGAGAGACAGAGAAAAUCACAGAAGCCAUACAGUUCAAAGAGAGUGCAUUGUGUACAUAUAAAAGAAGCAGGGACGAAGAAUCGCGAGACGAGCCGUGAAAUACAGAGGGUAACCGAACGACACCUUUGUAAAUUAGCUUUGUACAUUGUAUCCCCACCUCCCUUGUUUCUUUGUUUCAUUGUUGCUGCAUAAACCAUGGAGGAUGUCUGCUCACGUUGAAUCUCUUAUACAGGGUGAUGCAAAAAUCUUUAUACAUAGGAAACAUUUUUCUGACAGUGAAAAUUAUAAAGAAGAGAAUGUUCGAUAUACAAAUCAAUACAAAUAGAAAAAUUAUAAUAGUAAUAUCGUGCGUGUGGAGACCUUUGCGUCACAUUGUAUACUUCGUAUUUAACUCACAUUCGUCCCUCAUUUUCCUAAAAUAAUAUUUUUAAUUAAUUUAUUGGUGUCAACUUCGGUUGAGAUAAAUAGUUACAAAUUGGAAAAUUCUAUUACUGCAAAAAUGGAAUUUUUGAAAAUUGACACCAUGUUAAUUUGACAGAAAUAAUAGAAAUAAAAUUCCUUGAUCAGAAAUGAAAAGAACAUAGUUUUCGUAAAUUGACACAAGGGACGAAUGGAUGUUAACAAUUUCCAUUUAAGCAAAAAACUCGCAGGCAGAGGCAUAAGUAAAAAUGAAUAUUCUUUUGAAUAGAAAGAAAACAAAAAAGAAAUAGUUCAUCUAAUUUCAAAGUCUUAAUAAAAUUAUUUCUCCGAUAGUUUCUUUAGAGGUUAUAUUCUACUGAGACGCCAUGUUUGCUGGCCAUCUUAAUUUUCUCAUAUUACUCACAUCCGUAGCGUUUAAAGAUAUAUUAAAUAUGGACAGAAAAAAGAUAUGAGAAGUAGACGAAGAACUAAAAUUGCUGGCAAUUUCAAGGAUUUUAUCAAUCGUAAAUAUAUUUUAUUACUUGUACAUUUCCGUGAAAUGACAAAUCGAAAUACGAAUACGAAACAGGACGACGGAUUUACUUUGGUACUUAUUUCGCGAAAGAUAAAAAAUAAAAGUAUCGUCUAUUGUCGACGGUUUCCAUCUCGUGACUCUGUUAUGUAUAUAAAUAUACAUAUUGCAUAUAUACAUACAUACAUACGUACAUACAUGUAUAUAAACAUAUAUAUUUUUCUGGGGUAAAGAGGGAGAAAGAGAAAAAAAGAAAAUGGAGAAAAAAGAAUAAUAACUGCAAAGACGUAUCCGACCUCGUGGACGCAAUAAAAAAAUUUCACUAUAAAUCGAUUAUGCAUGGGCAUCAGGGUGUAGAUUAAUAGGAGAAAGCGAGAGAGAAAAAUGUAAAGAGAUGACUAUUUUUUUGAGAGAAACAUUAUAAUAGUGGAAAACGAGAGCUUCAACGGGAAGCAAAUUGGGAAUUUCAAUUUACUCCUUUAAUUUCUAAUGUUUAUUUAACAAAUUAUUCUGCCUGUGAGUUGAAAUCAAAUUCGAGAAAGCUUGAAGGAAAAACAAUUUUUCAUGAAUUAUAUAUGUUCCCUGAUUGAACAAUGAAUUGUUUUGCACUAAUUACACGUAUAUUCAUAAUUGCAACAUAUAGAACUAUAUAUGAUUCGUGAAGUUAAUAAUGGCGCGAAAUUUGAGUACUAAUUUCAUUGAAAUUUUAAAUUUCGAUAGAGAUAUUGAAAUAAACUCAACAAAUACCAAAAGAGGCACGAAAUUUUCGCUAAAACAACGCGUGGGAUAAAUUACAGCGCCGAAGUUAAAUUUCUUUCAACAGAAAAUGUAUUUUCGCUUCAAUAUAUCCGAACGAAAAAGUCUUUCUUGAAUUAAAUAAUAACGAUGGUUUGAAAAUGAAUGUAAAGGAGAGAAAACGUGUACAUAUCUCCUCCAGGUAUAAUCGUUAUACGAAAAAGAAGGAAAAUAAAGAAAUCACCCGUUGCAUGUACAUAGACCGGAAGACCGCAGGUAGCCAUAUUGUUAUUCGCGAUUAAUUGGAUGACUCGAUCGAGUCGACUGAUGUUCUUUCUCUUCUUUACUUUCUCUCACUGAACACACACUGGGCGUUCAAAUAAUUCCGAAAAUAUUAGAAAAUUGGAAAAUAUUCUUUCACAUUUUGUAUAUUAAUUUAUUUCUCUUCCGAAUAAUUCUUAAUUUUAAAUAUAUUAUAUAUACAUAUAUUCGAAUGAAGUUCGAAAAUUAUAUAUAUAUAUAUAUAGAUAUAAUAUAUUUCCUCGUGUAAAAUAUAGAAUUUAGAAAUUGUAUUUUCAUUGUUAUUAAUUCAUUAUUUUGAUCGGUACCGAUUCACUACUACAAAUACCGAUAUUUUCUUUUUCUUGCUGUAUCUAGCAAACAACAGUGUGCUAGGAAUAAUUUCUCUCCUUUUCCUUAUUAUUAAUUAAAUUAUAUUAUAUGUACAGAUCUGUAAUUUGGAUUAAAGAAUUCUUGUAAAUUGAGAGAAGUAGCAAAUGAUAGAAAAGCGACAUCUACGGUGAGCGUCGCGAGUCUGACCGGAAGUGAGAGAAAGAGAAAGAGGGAGAGCCCUCUGUCUGUUGUAUAUUAUUUUUAUUUCCACCUUUUUUACAUGAAACAAAGCGAGAUCGGUAUUGACCGUGCUAUGUAUGGAUGAUAUGUUCCAAUAUAGAAUAAAUCUUUCAACAAAUA